GCAGGCAGCGAGACAGUGAGACAGGAAUGUUUGUACAUUUAUUGUGGGAGAUAGAUAGAGUCAAAGUUCAUCGUUACAAGCGUCUGUCUGAAUGAAUUGCGUCAUUCGUGCACAUCUUGACUCGUUGACAAUCGACGAACGUGAGCUUGAGGAGCGUGAGCGUGUGAGUGGAGGACCUUCUACAACAAACCAACGCAGCUCAGCGUCCCCGACGCGAGUACUUUUCACAUGGAGUUAGACCGAUGGAAAAUAUUUAGCCUCCUGUCACCAGCACUUCGGCAAAAGGUCCGAUUGGCCUGUGUUUUCGGCAAUCAUGGAAAUGAGGCUCUAUUGGUCACAGUCGACGAUGAAGUGUUUGCCCUUGGUUCCAAUGCUCAUGGCUGCCUUGGCCUCGGAAACCAACAAGGCACACUGUUUCCGCAGUGUGUUGAACAAUUAUGUGGAAAAGGAAUUAAGAGUUUUACAUAUGGCAGUGGACCGCAUGUGCUUGCCUUGACAGAGAGAGGUGAGGUAUAUUCAUGGGGACAGAAUGUGUAUUGCGAGUUAGGCCAUGGAGCCUCCACCCCAGGGCUGUUGCCUACAAUGAUCGGUGGAUUUCUGAGCACAUUAGUUGUAACUGAAGUGGCCUGUGGCAGUCAUCAUAGUAUUGCGUUGACUGAAUGUGGACAGGUGUUCGGCUGGGGUGAGAAUAAUUGUGGUCAAGUUGGGUCUGGGACAUCUAAUAACCAAUGCACACCAGUCAGAGUAACCCACUCUCUGUCAUCCCGUAAAGUUGUCAGUGUGGCUUGCGGCCAAGUUAGCACACAUGCUCUACUUGAAAAUGGAGAGGUGUAUAGCUGGGGCUACAAUGGAAAUGGUCAACUAGGCCUUGGAAAUUCAGUUAUCAAUCAAUUAGUGCCAGCAUUUGUCCAAACCAUGCAGGGUAUUGUGGUUACGAAAGUAAUGUGUGGUUUGGUUCAUUGCCUUGCUCUCACCGAUGAAGGAGAAUUGUAUGGCUGGGGUGCAAACAGCAUGGGUCAACUAGGAACAGGGCAUAAAUCCAACAGUGUCAUACCAGUAAAAGUUGCUAAUAAUAUUGGACGAGUUGUGGACAUUGCAGUUCAUCACUAUAACAACAUUUCCGCUGCUCGAACGCAGCAUAAAGUUUACAUGUGGGGUCAAUGCCAAGGAUUAACAAUUACCUCGCCAGUAGAGACUCCAUUUCAGUCCCUGCUUGAGGUGUUUGCCUGUUUUGCUGACAUUGAAGUUACUUACAAGCCCAUCCAAUUGGAGAAGAAAUCAUCACAGAGUGUCACAGACUCACUUCGAUUAGCUUUUGAUGAUCAGAAUACAAGUGAUCUAACUAUAUCAGUAGGUGGUAAAAAUAUCCAUGUUCACAAGUCAAUCCUAAAAAUUCGAUGUGAGUACUUCAGGAACAUGUUUAAAGAUCAUUGGUCUGAGGAUAAAAAGAGUGUGCUGGAGCUGAAACAAUUUUCUUAUCCCGUAAUUAAGGCAUUCUUACAGUACUUGUAUACUGAUGAACUAGUCAUUGCCUCUGAGUGUGCCUUAGAGCUCCUUGAUUUGGCCAAUGCCUACUGUGAACAGCAACUGAAAGAGCUCUGCGAACAAAUUUUGAAACAUGGGGUUAAUGUUGAAAAUGUGGCAACUCUUUAUGCCACAGCACUUACGCACCAAUCUGAGGAUCUUCAAAAAUUCUGCUUUAACUUCAUUUUGAAUCACAUGACCGCCGUGAGUCAGACAGCGGCAUUCGGCGCUCUGGACGAACACACGUUCCGUGAACUCAUCAUCAAGGCAGGAGAGUCAGGUGUCUUCAAGACUUAGUUUUAGCUUGAUCUAAAUUGCUUCAAGUGCGCUCCAAACUUCCUGGCAACCUUGUCAUAAAAGUUAUUUUGAUUUUGAAGGAUUCUUUGACAAAUUGCAUACCAGAUCUGUCCAUGAAAUUAUGUCUUAUCUUUUUAUUAAUUUUAUCUAUCUUUUAUAUUUAUUUUUUUGCUCUCCUUAGAAAAAAGGAAAUGUCAUGGCACCAUUUCCAUUGCUGUGAUAAACUUAUGUUAUAAAAUUAGAUAGCCGUUAACCAAAUUGAUUUUGAAAGCUUGUAGUACUUUUAAGUUGGUGUCUUUUAAGCUUGGAUUUUGUUUUCUUUUGUUUUUAAGACUGAAAAUUUUAAUUAAGUAACAUAGACAUAAAAUUUCUCUGUGUGAAUAUGUCUGAUCUUAAACCCAAGAUACAGAUAAACUGAGGAACAAUCAA